GGAUGAGCCUCCGUCUUCAAAGCCUCUUCAAACUCAGUAGUUUCAGCAUCAGGGAAAGACAGGGUUCCAGGUGUGCUGGUGCCUAUUUCCAGUGGUCUAAGGGUGAGAGGCUGGUUACACCCGGGACAGGACGCCAGUCCAUAAUGGGGCAACACAGAGACACACAGGACAAACAACCACGCACACACACACUCAUUCGCACUUAAGAGAGACCAAUUAACGUAUCAGUCAUGGUUUUGGACUGUGGGAGGAAGCCGGAGCACCUGGAGAGAACCCAUGCAUACAUGGGGAAAACAUGCAAACUCCAUGCAGAAAGACCCCCAGCCGGGGGUCAAAUCCAGGACCUAAUUGCUGCAAGGAAACAGUGCUACCCACUGCACCACCGUGCAGGACUACAGUAACAAUUAGCUUGUAUUUUUCAAAAUAUUUUAUCAUUUCAUGCGGUCAAACUCAGAGACUGUGUACUGUUCUUUCUAUGGAUAUGUCUGUAAAAUCUCUCCGCAGAUUAUUUUAGAUGGCAGUUAACUUAAAGACAGCCAGCAAGCACAGUAUUGGGGCUUAAGACUUACACUUAUAAAAGGUUUUAAUAAUUGCUAAUGUUUACACUUAAAAAAAACUAAAAACUGUCCCCUGUAAAUACAGUAAAUGAUGAAGUUAGAACUGUGAGAAAGCAAAGACUUUGAAGUAUUAAUAAAUGGCACAACACAGUCCAGCAUUUGUUGCUAAGACCAUAUAUUACCCAAAUUGCAAGUCAGACUUUUAUACAAAAAGGGUUUAUAUGUUUAUUUCAACUGAUCAAGACAUCCACCUUACAAUGAUCCAAGAUUGUAUUAUUAUAAUAAUUAUUAUCUAAAAAUAACUAUAAUAAUAAUAAAGCUUGUGUCAAGUUCUCAUAACAGGUCAUACAAAACUUAACUGAACUGAUUGCAGUUUUAUAUACCUUGAAAUAAACGGGACAGGUAAACUGCAUUGAGAUGGCAUUUGUUGGGGUGUUGUGCUCCCUCCGUAACCAAACUGAAGUGAUUAACCAAAUAGUCCAAAGCAAAUUAUUAAAAUACUUGCUUAACAAUUUUCUUCUAAAGCAUAAUAUUCAUGUUACCUGAAAGGUUUAAUUAGUCAGUCAGUCAUUUUCUACCACUUAUUCCAUAGUGGGUCGCGGGGGAGCUGGUGCCUAUCUCCAGCAGUCUAUGGGCGAGAGGCAGGGUACACCUGGACAGGUCGCCAGUCCAUCACAGGGCAGCACACAAACAACCAUACACACUCAUUCAUACACCUAAGGGCAAUUUAGUGUGACCAAUUAACCUAACAGGCAUGUCUUUGGACUGUGGGAGGAAGCCAUUAUAAAAAUAUCAGGUGUCUUUAGCCGACACACUUAUGCGGACUGUAAUUGGCUCUGCCGUUGCCUGGAUACAGUUCAACAGAACCGAUAUUUAAGCGUAGAUGCCGGACAUGAAUUCAACCGUGAAAGUGUUUUGAUUGGUUGUUUAGGUUGGGGCGACAUUUGCGAUUAGUUAUUCGUAAACAAAGUAAAGUUAGAAUUUUUCGCCGAUCCACCUUAACACUGAUGGCUGUUCGUAAUCGUAACACAGCAGUUAAGAAUGUAAUCUUCAACAUUUCCGCUCGGCAUUUAUAAUUUAACGAAGCACAGCAAAUAAAUAUGGCUUCGGCGGCUCAGUACGACGGGAGUCGGAGACGAUUCAGUAAACGCGCACCAAGAACAAAAGAUAAGUUCAUCCAGCCUCCAGAUCUCCGACAAGUCGCCAUCUUAAGACAAACUGACUGGCUCAGAAUUCAAGAUGAAGUGAACGGGGUUGAUAAAGACGAGGAGCGUCUUAGAGACGCAGCUAAACACAGAGAGGCCCUGCAUCUGCAGUCAAAACAAGUUGUGAAGCUGUGGCCUGAUACUACUGCUGGUCUAAGGCAAAAAAUGAUAGAGGCAAAGAAGGUCCGAGAGCAUAUAGAAGAGGAGAAAAGGAAACAGAUAGAUGCCGAGGAAGCCAAAUACAAAGAAGAAAGGCAAAAAGAGGCCUUGAGAAAAGCCAGAACUCAGCUGUAUUAUCAAACCGACCGGGUGAAAGGAUUACACCGUGCACUUCUGCACACAGAGGUGCUGAAAGAGAGGGAGGCUCAAAUAGAGCUGAAGCAAAGGAUGAAAAGUGCCAGGAAAGAAGUGGAUAAAAAGUUCCUGGAAAUAAUAACAACCAGAGAGAAUGAAGCCUUGAGGAAAGAGCAGGAAAACGCUGUGCAAAAGAAGCUGGAGAGACAGGCAGCAACUGAAGACCUGAAAAACCAGAUAAAGGCAAAUGAGUUAGCACGAGAGCAACAGAAACUGGAAAUCAAGAAGGAUGCAGAGGAAAUCCAGCAUCUUCUAGAGCGUUAUCAGUGGGAGCAAAACAUGGAGUCAGAGCGACAAGCAAACCAGAGGAGGAACCUUAUGCACGCUCACCUGGAUCAUCUCAAUAAUAGGGCACUGAGAAAAGAGCAAGAGGCACAGAAGCAGAAGGCUGAGGAGGAACAGAGGAAACUCUUUGCAUCAGCCAAACAAGAAAUGACAAAGCUGCUUAAAGAAAGAGAGAAAGAGUUACUUAGUAAAGCUCAGCAGCGCAGAGAGAGGAUUUUGAACAAAUUGACAGCCACACAAUUGCAGCAAACUACCAAUGAGGAGCAGAGAAUUGCUAAAACUCUGGCUGAGUGGGAUGCAAAACAGGCACAAUUGCAACUGGAGGAAGCGAGGAAGAAGUCUGAGAUGUUGCAGUCGAUAGCUGCACACAGGGAGCUUUUGAGAAAGCAGAAGGAUCAAUUGGAUAAAAUCACGGAGCAGGAAACCCGAGAUGCUCUGCAGGCAAAGAGGGAAGCUGACAGAAUAUAUACCAAGAAGCAACAACUGAAGGCCGAGAAAAUGAGAGAAGAACAAAGAAAAUUGCAUGACUUCAAUGUUGCACAAAUGGCCGAAAAAACUGCCAGACUUCAGCAGAUGAAAGAGGAGGAACGAGGACAUGAAGCAAAGAUUGCAAAACUCAGGGCUGAAGAGGAAAUCAAGUUUCAGAAGUAUGCACAGCACAUUAUCAGGGCAGCAGCAGAAGCUAAGAAAAAUGUGUUUCCACUUCACAAAGCUGCAAGAGAAGGAAUAGGAGGUGGGCACGGGCCUGUUUUCAGUGGAGUUAGGCCUAGCUACCUUGACCAGGACAGCAGUGGAGCUCAGAUGCCCAGAUAUGUCUCCGUUACCACAGAAAGCAUCAAAAAGCUUCAUGAGGCUGGAGACAUUCAGGAGGCAAAGAAGAGACUUGGUUUCACAUGGUGAUAGUUCACUCACUGCUGAUCAAACAUAUACAGCAUGGUCAACUUUUGUAAGGGUAGGGCUCAGCACCGACCCAUGUACGGAGGCCUCAAUCCUCGAUGUAGCCGUCCCGGGUUUGAGUCCCGACCCCAGAGACCUCUACUUGAUGUCUUGCCCCCUCCCUCUACCCCACUUCCUGUCCACCUACUUUGUAAAAUUGACAAAAAUAAAAGCCACAAGAAAAACCUAUGUCAGGGUAUUUAUUUUUGCUUCCUUCCUUGUAUAAUCAAGUGCUCACUGUCCAGUCUCAAACUAAGCUGUUUGCUAUGGGAACUCUGGAUUGAUUUUAGGUAAAACAUCAAAGAACUCUGAGAUUUUUAGUAAUGAAUUUAAAAGCUUUACAGGUCUUGAUAAGCAAGGAAAGAGACACAAUAUGGAAAAUAUUUGUAUUUCUAGAUUGUAUCUUCUGUACCAGUAUCUGAAUGCUGCAUCCAUUUAUUCAACAAACCAUUUGUCCUUCUAUCUUGUUUCUUUUUUGCAUAUUCUGUAAUAAAACCCAAACCUUCACAGAA